GCCAUGAGGAAAGAGGCGACAGAGCUGAGAAAGACUUUAAAACCUUUAAUGGAAAAGAGAAGGCGUGCGCGCAUCAACGACAGUCUUAAUCAGCUGAAGACUCUCAUCCUUCCUUUGAUCGGAAAAGAUAACUGCCGCUACUCGAAACUUGAAAAAGCUGACAUUCUGGAGAUGACAGUCAGAUUCCUUACUAAUAUUCCAUCCUCUCCCACAAAAGAUACUACACUCAGUUUCAAAGAAGGUUACAAAGCCUGCCUGCAGUGCGUCUCGGCGCUACUCCCGCAGAUUAACCUCGACAGAGAAACUCGCCAGCGCGUAAACCAGUUCAUCCAACAGUCGACGGUUUCCGCCGCCCCGGGAUGCCAGAACUGCUGUGCGCACAGCUCCAGGCCGUUCCCGCAAAUACACCAGCAACUCCUGAGCUUGAAAUCUAACAUCCACAGAAACGAAAACCACGCAGCCGUUAACAGACCGAGCGCCGACAGACCCCAGCCACAGGUCGUUGGUGCCACCAUGUGGAGACCGUGGUUAACUCCAGAAAGAGAUAGUGUACCUCUGUGA